AUAAAUAGUGGAGCUCUGCGCCAUGAGGCUCAGGCUCAAAGGAUCUACGUACAGAUAUACUUAGACUGUUAUGCUGGCGAGGAGGGAAAACGACGAGACACUGCUCGGAGAAAAGAUACACACGUUAGCUUGAAAUCAACGCUGUAACAUUCGUACACACCAGCAGCAGCCAUUAGCGACAAUGAACGGACAGAUGAAUGGUUUUCAUAACUCCCUCAUUGAUGAGGACUGCUUCUUGUUCACCUCAGAGUCGGUCGGGGAAGGACACCCCGACAAGAUCUGUGAUCAGAUCAGUGAUGCCGUUUUGGAUGCCCAUCUCAAACAGGAUCCUGAUGCCAAAGUUGCAUGUGAGACUGUUGCCAAGACCGGGAUGAUUCUGUUGGCCGGUGAGGUGACAUCAAGAGCGACAGUGGACUAUCAGAAAGUAGUUCGAGACACCAUCCGCCAAAUUGGAUAUGACGACUCCUCCAAAGGCUUUGACUAUAAAACCUGUAAUGUUCUUGUGGCCUUGGAGCAGCAGUCUCCCGACAUUGCUCAGGGGGUUCACAUUGACCGGAACGAGGAGGACAUUGGGGCAGGGGACCAGGGCUUGAUGUUUGGAUAUGCCACUGAUGAGACCGAGGAGAGUAUGCCUCUCACAAUUGUCCUUGCCCACAAACUAAAUGCUAAGAUGGCCGAGUUGCGUCGCAAUGGAACUCUUCCAUGGCUCCGACCAGACUCAAAGACACAGGUUACUGUCCAGUACCGCCAGGACCAUGGUGCCAUGCUUCCAGUGCGUGUACACACAAUUGUUGUCUCUGUUCAGCAUGAUGAAGAUAUAUGCCUUGAGGAGAUGAGAGACACCUUGAAGGAGAAAAUCAUCAAAGCUGUUGUUCCAUGCAUCUAUUUGGACGAUGACACAAUCUACCACCUGCAGCCCAGUGGGCGAUUUGUAAUUGGAGGCCCUCAGGGGGAUGCUGGCCUGACUGGGCGUAAAAUUAUUGUUGACACUUAUGGAGGCUGGGGUGCCCACGGCGGUGGUGCCUUCUCUGGGAAGGAUUACACAAAGGUGGACCGCUCUGCUGCUUAUGCUGCACGCUGGGUGGCCAAGUCUCUAGUGAAAGCUGAGCUUUGCAGGAGAGUGUUGGUCCAGGUUUCCUAUGCCAUUGGAGUUGCCCAUCCCCUUUCCAUUUCUAUCUUCCACUACGGGAGCUCCCACAGGAGUGAGAGGGAGCUGCUUGACAUUGUAAAGAGGAACUUUGACCUCCGUCCUGGAGUCAUUGUCAGGGAGCUGGAUCUGAAGAAGCCCUUGUAUCAGAGGACCGCAGCCUAUGGCCACUUUGGCCGAGACUCCUUCCCAUGGGAGGUGCCCAAAAAACUCAAAUACUAAACAUGUUAAGCUUUUCCCCCCAGGCCUGUUGGUGUAUACUACAGAGAAGCCUCCAAGGUUACGGGGGUGAAAUGCCCUUCUCUCUCUCUCUCUCUCUCUCUCUCAUAGUAAUGGUAUCCUUUAACACAUGACUACCUUUCUCACUCACCUCCCUCCCUGUCUUUUUGUUGUUUUUCUGCUGGUUGCGGUAUCAUAGUGGGUCGUAGCAGGCAUGGCUAAGAAACUUGAUGUCUAAAGAAUUAGAUGGGUUCCAUGAACUCAUGCACCAUAGUACUUUGUGUUGUCCCACGUCUUGAGGUUCCCCUGAUUCUUGCUGUGAUAGACCCUGAAUAGCGGCGUUGAGUUUUCCUUUUGGCAUUCCACUCCCGUCAAUAUCGUAAGUCUCUUAUUCAGUGUCAUGGCGAUGGCAUAUUAGGCUACAAGCCCUCUUAAUUAACUGGUGCUACUGAUCUAAGGAGUCUCUGCAACAUCUACAUUUUAAAAGUCCUGUUGGAAGCAUAAUUUGAUAGUCGAGGGGUGGGGGAGGUUCUCCGAUCUAGCACUUUACCAAAGUGCCAGAUCAGAUCUUUCUAAACGGUCCUCCUUUUGGCAAUCUGGUACAAUAAUUUCCCUGACCCAGUAGGUGUUUAUCCUUUUUGUUAGCUUUACUCCUGCAUCUUUGUGGAGGAUGCUAGAAUGGCACAAUUAAAAUGUAAGGAUUGUUGCUGUUUUCACAAAAGAAAUGCUAUGCAUUGCGGGCUAAUGGGAGAACCAAAUCCUAAUCAAGUGCUCAAAGGAUUAUAAUCCUCAAAUGCCCCUACAGACCGUUGCUGUUUUCUGACGUAAUACAGAAAAGUCAGAAGCUGCUAUGUCACUGCUCUGGUCUGCAGGGGUUUUUGUUUGACUUGAAAAUAAUGGCAAAAUUCGAUUGUUAUGAAUUGAAAUUCAAUUUUAAAAUGCAUUCUGUUUAGUGAGUUUCACUUGCUUUUUAUGGUUUGAAGUGACAAAUGUCCCUUUUACUCCUUAAGUAUCUUGAUGGCAGGUGUAGCUACAGAGAAACCUGGUCUCCGUCUUCAUCCUUAAUGAGAGUAUUCUUUGCCACAGAGUCUUAUUGGCUUGAAGUCAAACCUCAACACUAUUUAUUUGUUCUCUGAAACUGGGUGGAUACAGAGAAGCCAAUGUUUCAGAAGGCAGCUUUAAAAAUACAUGGCUAUUGAAUCUUGAAUUCCUUUUGACUUGAUUACUUUUCAGUGUUUGGCUUGAGGCUCCAGAGUGUUGUACAGAAAAGCUUUGGGCUGCCUCAACUCCAAAAUGUCACUGUUGAUGACUAUUUUAUAACUUUUUUUUUUUAAUUUUUGGACUACAGAUCAUAUUUUUAAGUAGGUUGGUUUUGAAAUGCCAUUAACAUGUCUGGUGCAAUUCUUUAGCUCUUACCUAUCCUCAAUGGAAUGGCAACAUUUGGUUGGUGUUGUACAGAGAAACCAGCCGUGUUUACACAGCCAUCAUCUUUGGGAUGGGUUCAAGUUUUGGUUUUGUUCCUUUUGCCACUAAGGUGAUCCCUUGGCUACCGUAAGUGUAGGAGUGCCUUUUCUAUUUCCUCUACUCCCCAUUUGCUUUUCUCAAUCCCAACAUGCGCUCAAAUUCCAGAGGAACAAGUAGCUCAUACUGUAUUGUGCUCCCUGUCUAGACUGGGUAGUUUCCUUAUGCUCUGUAAUAAACAACUACUCCUUUCAAA